AUGGAAUCUCCUCUGACACCCCGGGACCACAAUGAUUUACCGUGGAUGGUCGGGGGUGAUUUUAACGAAAUUCUUGACAAUACGGAGAAUGAGGGCGGUCCUCCACAACUGCCAUCAAGCAUCCGAGCGUUUAGGGAGGCUAUGAAAGAGUGUGCUCUUAGUGAUAUCGGUUUUACGAGAGAUCAUUUUACUUGGUCGAACAAUAGGCAAUAUCCUGACACUAUUCGAUGUCGCCUUGAUAGACAUUGGGCGGGCCAGGCAGCAAUCAACCCCGUCGAUGAUAUUAUCACCAAAACUGAGGAGUGCAAGUUGGCACUCAUAUCUUGGAGUAACGCAACCGUGAAACAGCCCCAACGGCGCAUCGCAGAGCUUACGAAACAACUUAAAACCAUUCGCUCCGGCACGAUUACUGAGGAUAACAAAAUUAAAAUGAAGGAGCUGCAUGGUGAAUUGGAAAAGCUUUACGUGGAGAAUGAUAUAUAUUGGCGUCAACGGAGUAGAGUUCAAUGGAUUCGCGAGGGAGAUAGGAAUACAAGCUUCUUUCAUGCUAAAGCUACGAUUCGGAAGAAGAUUAACAUGGUCCAUAAAAUCAUCCAUAAAAUCAAAGAUAGUGCCGGUAUAUGGAGAGAUCGACCAGAGGAGAUUGAGCAUGUUAUUUCGAAUUAUUUUGAGCACAUUUUCAAGACUACUGAUCCAAACGAUAAUAAGAUAGAUGAGAUGUUGCAAGGUAUUGAUCCCCGGAUCUCCGCUGAGGCCGCUCAUAGGUUAACUCUUCCAUUUUCUGAAUCCGAGCGUGUUAUCUUGUGA